AUGUCGCGGAGUGACAAUAUAGUCAAGGUAUCAGUUGACUUCUACGGUUCUCUCUGCUAUAGCAGGGAUGAGCUCCCCGAGGAUGAUACUCGUGAGAAUUUUGAAUCUUAUACGAGUGAUGUUCUUGCAAACCGCACAGGCUGCGUUUUUCGUCGCUCGACGGUGACUUUGAGGGCCUGAAUCGAGUAGUGAUUGACUGACAUUAAUAUGACUCAUCUUUAGAGAUCGGUGUUAGAAGUCCUGUACUUACUGGUGUUCAGGUCAUAACUCAUCCAGCCGACUUCGAGGCUGUUCCUGAUGCAGUUACUUUGGCUCCCCGGUUGAGCGUCAUGCACAGUGGAUAUCUCAUGAGAUAUUAACCGAAAUUCUGAGGUAUGUUUUCAAUUCCAAAAGCUUACGUAAGUAGGGUUGUCGUACCGAUUAUUGUGACUGAAAAUUGUAAGAUAUUCCAGUCACACCAGGAUGCCGGCUUUCGAAUGAGCUUCCUAUCAACUAUAUCCUGUAAAAAAUGACUACUCAAGUAGCAUAAGCCAUUUCCAUUGAUUUUUGGCACCCUUUUGAGCCAAGCGAAAACAUGCGCAAAAAUACCUUUACUUACUUGGUAGCAAAUUGUCUUCUUAAAAUUUUAUACUUUAGGAAAGAGUAUAUUUCGGUUGCAAAAACAGCAAUUUCCGAAUAAUUUUAAACCUGACCAUUACAGGCUGUCUGUCCUCCCCUGUCUAUCCUGAUCGAAACCGACAGGACAACGAGCCCGUGGCUCAGUGGUUAGAGGCGUUGGACUUCUGACUAACAGGUCGCAUGAUCGAGCCCCAGGUGUUCCACGCCUCAGGGUUGGGUAUGACUGGCUGACGACGGCAAAUAAGCCAGAAAUGACCAUUCCAGUCUCCAUUGAUUUUGUCGGUAAUAACAUUCUGCCUAUAAUAUGCGCCGCUGUGCGGCUGCUGGUUGGGCUCGAGAGAGAGCCCGUAAGGCACAACGGAACGAGUGAGUUCCGUAAGAACGAUCGGUGAGCGCCCCACUACCAAUCACGUUUAUAUAUUCUGUCGAGAAAGCGUCAUAUAGGGCCUGUAAAAUUUUGUAGUAGAUGUGGGUCCUGUUGUAUACUUUACAAGCAGCAUUAAUAAAUGGAUGGAUAAGAUACCUUAAGAUUAGACACUUUAUGGUCUUAAAGGGUCUCAUAAUUAUAAAGUUUUUAAAGCAAAAAUGCCCUUUCUUGAAGUAAAAAACUUGAUGAAAACGUGAUUUGUUGGCAACUGAGCAUAAGAAAAUUAUUUUUAUGUUUUCUAGAGAGUAUAUUUGAAUUCAGAAGAUGGAAUUCUUUGGGAAACAGUAUACUUUAUUGUGUAAAUGUGAAUGUGUAGGGGCAUCGAAAGUCAGUGAGCAAAGUCCGGACUACUUAAGUGAUAAUUUUUUGCAGAGUGUAGUUUUUGUAAGCGGUCGGAAGAAAGCUCAUUCCAAGGCCGACAUCCUGGCGGGGCUGAAGUAUUUUUUGUGCAACAGCUAGUCUUACGACCCUACUUAGGCAAAUGAAAAUACAUUUCAGAAUUUCGGUCUGCAUUUCCUGCGAUGACACAUCUGCUGUACUUCACAAUCUUGAGUUUUUCCAAGACGUCACUGGAUAUCUACCAGCCCCGUAUUCCACUGACCCCCUGCAAACGGUGCGAUUGAGGGUUGUAAUCACCAAUCUACGGAGAGUCAGGCUGCAGUGACUCCCCACUGUGACCUUUACGACAAUCGCAUGGGCGUAGACUUGCUGUUUAAUGGUAGGGGCGCUCACCGAUCGUUCUUACGGAACUCACUCGUUCCGUUGUGCUUUACAGGCUCUCUCUCGAGCCCAACCAGCAGCCGCACAGCGGCGCAUGAUAUAGGCAGAAGGCGUAUUACCGACAAAGACAAGGACGAGACUGAAUUGGCCAUUUCUGGCUCAUUAGCCGUGGUUGGGCUAGAGAGAGAACUCGUAAGGCACAACGGAACGAGUGAGUUCCGUAAGAACGAUCGAUGAGCGCCCCCUACCAUUGCAUAUUCCCGAUCGAAAGGGACAAGGCAACGGGCUCGUGGCCCCAGUGGUUAGAGGCGUGGACUUCUAACUAACAGGUCGAGAGUUCGAGCCUCGCGUGUUCCACACUUCGGGGUUGGGUAUGAAUGGCUGACGACGGCUAAUGAGCUAGAAAUGGCCAUUCCAGUCUCCCUUGUCUUUGUCGGUAAUAACAUACUACUUGCUGUUUAGCUUUAUCAGCCAAUGCGCCCGAACCUACCUUUCCGCCUUCCUGUUAGUACCUUAUUAUCGGCAGUUGGUGAACGAGGGAGGGGGAGUGCGGCAGAUGCUACGCAAGCCCACCCCAUCAUAAACUCACCCCCUUGGGCACGCAGAGGACGUCGGCACCUGCGACGGUCGAAAUUCUACAACGAUUACACUAAUGGAGACGCUGGAGAGUUUUCAAUGGCCUCAAUAAGGGGAUCGGUGAUAUCCGCGUCAGAGAUGCCAUAUCGUGCGGAGAAGCUAGGCAAGACUGACACACCCACUAGGAACGCUGGCCACAGCCUAUCGCCGAGUCUCACAACAACGCAAAUAUGGGCCGCAUCGGAAUUGCGUCCGCGAACGAGAUCUUUUCACUUGACUAGCGUCUUAUGUAGGCACUCGAUCUGCACAGUUCUUCACUUGUAUUUUGUUUGAAGUCAGACGAACGUCUGAAGAGUUGUGAUUGUAGCGGAUGCGGUCAAAGCGAUUUGCUGAAAACUGUCGUUAAGGGGCUAAUUGACAAACUUUCGGUCAACGCAGACUGACCUCGACCGAGUAAAAUGACCAGUACAGACCAUUGGGUUAAAAGGGAACUGGAUCAUAAGCCGGUAAAAUUUAUUGCUGCAAAAUCUGCACGUGAAAAUGAGUUGUAACUAGGUCAGGCCAGCUGUCUGAGAGAAUGCUAUAAGUGGAAUUUAUGACGUGAGUGCAAAAAAUCGUUUGAAAGAAGUCGAGGAAACCAUAGUCCGGGGGAUAUUUUUGAUGGUCCGAAUUUCGGCAAGAUGGAGGGCAGCCUGUACUUCAUUGUUAUGGUCUUUGGUGCGCCCCAAACGGACCACGUGGUAGAUGCGCUGGACCAACUCGGGGGCCAUGUUGGACUCUGGCAGGCGUUAUCGGCUUUGCGCACUGUAACAAAUGCCAACAUUUUGGGGAUGCGGUGGCAGACCCGGUUGCCGGCGUGUGUCGCGCACAUGGACCCUGCCAUCCCCCCACUGUUGUUGUUGUUAGUUAAAAACCUGGUUAUUUGCUGUGUGGAUCAGGGGGUGUGGAGUGGAACGCCAAGGUGCGGGCUCGACCGUGCCAUCCGCCUGCGCCCUCCCUCGCUUCCGGUCUUCUUGACUCUGUCUUGACACUGGGUCCAAGUGGGAGAGGAGGGGAGAGUGUGGUAGAUGCUGUGUAAGUCUACCAUCAUUAUAAACUAAAUUUUUGCACAAGUCACCGUCCCUACUCACACCCCGCUGUGGAGUACACGGCGGACAUCGUCGAAACCGACGGUCGAACUGCAGUUAUGGUCUUGGUGGGCGAUGCGGAAGAGGGAAGGCGAGUUCUAGGAUCAAUCUCUUUAUUCAGCCAACCUCACUAACACAAAGGUAAACUCGCAAAAAGCCUUAUUCGUUCGAUUCCUAACAACUCUAGAACAUUCUGGUUCCCGCCUUGCUGGUCGUCAAUUGGUUGUUUCCUGCGAGAGAACCCCCUCGUGAAGAAAUCCCGAAUCUUCGGUCGGCCAUUGAUUGGGCUGCACGCGCGAGUAAAGGCAUCUCAUGCUGAUUGGCUAGCUGAUCUUACGCGUACACUUCACAGUCGGCUUGGACUGCUGUGCCCUGCAUGUUCGCGUUUUCCUCUCGCUUUAAGUCGUGGUUCUAUUCUGUUUUCUUCUUCUCAUAACAACUACAACCACCCGUUUGCCAGGAAGUGUAAAGUUGUCUUCCAAAAGCCCAUUUGUCAUUUUUCUAUCCUUGUGAAAGGAUCUGAGGAUUCUGGAACUGGACUUUUGUCGCCAUCCAUUUUAUCGCGUUUUCGUUUAAAUUCUCCCUUCAUCCAAGCCCCUAUUGACCUGUACGAAUAAUUUGGCGUCGUCGGACUCAACUCCAGCCGAUCGAAAAUUUUCUAGUUUAUUGCAGUUUUCAACAAAUAGUCCCGUUCAUAAUGCCAGAUUAAUUUGCAAUAUCGUUAUUCCUCAAACGGGUCCUUUUACAGUCUCAGUGCUGUUAAACGACAAAGGACCGAGGACUAUACGACUCAUCACUCCGUAUCAUCACGACCAACGAGUGCUCACGCUUACAGGUACCUAUUCCCUCAGUUUGUACUAAACACAUACUUUCAAGCUCCUAGUAGUAUGCGUAUGUUUUUUCAAACUCAUUCUGCUGAUUAUUUUACUGACAGUAUGGAUUCCGCGUACGAUGAGCACAUUCUUACUAUUGGCCAACUUCAGGACGAUAUUAAGGCCCUAAAACGUCAGCUCCAGCUGAAGGAUGCCGAGCUGUUGAAGAAGAAUCAAACCAUUUCGGAUCUCAAGUCUGAGAUUCUCGAGAUGGAAACCAGUAGCCGCGAGCGUUUACUGAAGUAUCAAGAUUCAGCCGAAGACGAAAUAAACCGCCUAAAGGUAGGGGAAGCAAUCCGUUAAAAUAUGACGUAUUUUGCACGCCUUUGCAUAAUCACACAUUUUUUCUUAAAUUCUCUACAGGAGACUAUCCGCACACUACAGCGUGAGAAGGUCGAACUAAGCUCUCGAUCCAAAAAACGUAGGAUGGCCUAUCCCAAUCCCAGUUACACCCACUCUCCGCUUACACUGAGUCCCCUGCGGAUGCCUCCGAGCCCUCCUCCAAAACCGGCAAAAUUGCUUACCUCAGCCUCGACUCCCUCUCUUUUCCGUCGCCUCAACGAUGAAGGGGCCAGAGGCGACCACCGAAGGGAGGCCACCCCGACCUCCACGCCACCGGGCAGUCCGCAUACAGAGGGCACAGAAGACGCCGACUCCAAUGCCAGUUCACGUCCCAGACGGCACCGAGGUGUGCUAGAGGAGACGGAUGAAGCGGAGGGGGACUCAGCGGCUAACACUCCUGCUGGCGCCGUCGGGGAGGGGCAGGAUGCCACAGUUGCUGCUGCUGGUACCACUACCACUGCUCGCAGCGAGGGUGGUCCGACCUCUCCAAGCCUCUCAUCGAGUUCGGAGGGACUGUCUCCUGUGCCCCCUCGCAACGCAUAA